UUAGGAUAGAAUAGAGUAGAAGAGAUUAGAUUAUGAGAUAAGGAGACAGAGCAGCUUCUCCCAGGACAGGCCUCUGGCUCAUUCAUUGUUUGCCCCAGGGACAAGGAGGACAAGCAUAACAAUAUCUCCCCUAGGCAGCUUUUUCAAUAUGUACUUCCUCCAGAUCCCUGCUGCUUUCGUAUUUGCUCCCAGACCCUUUCAAUAGUAAAUGAACAUCUGAGCAUGUAGGCCCAAGAACUCAAUCUGACAACUGCUCCAGAGUUAGAUGGGCUCUUUACCUGGAACAGAAGCAGUUUCUCCUAGUUCUCCACAGGUGAGAGAACAGGAAAGCCACCUUCUUGCUCCAUGGAUACUCCCCAAGGACUAUAUCAGCUUUCUGUCUGUGUCUACUGCAUCACAAGAGACCUGUAGAGGAAUAGAAGUCACAGGAGGGCCCUGAUACCUAUCUUGCUCAGACUCCUCAGACACUUAACCCAGCUUAGCAAAAAUUAAACCAAUUGGAUAUUGCUAGAAAAUUGUUAUCUUCCUUCACCUUUUCUACGGGAACAUUGCUGACCUUAAACCAAUCCCAGGGAAGUCUGCAUGGUCAGCCAGCUGGGCCUCUCACUUGGCACCUGAGUCAAUUGAAGAAACAGCACAGAAUGGAGCACUGGAACUCCACCCUGGGAGGUGGCUUCAUAUUGAUGGGGAUUCUGAAGGACAGCGGGUCCCCUGAGCUGCUCUGGGCCACACUCGCAGUUCUCUACAUGUUGGCUCUGACAAACAAUGGCCUGCUGCUCCUGCUCAUCACAGUGGAUGCCCGGCUCCAUGUGCCCAUGUACCUCCUGCUUGGGCAGCUCUCACUCAUGGACCUGCUCUUCACAUCUGUUGUCACUCCCAAGGCCCUUGUGGAUUUUUUUCACAGGGAAAACAGCAUCUCCUUUGGGGGCUGUGCCCUUCAGAUGUUUCUGGCACUGACGCUGGGUGGUGCAGAGGACCUCCUACUGGCCUUCAUGGCCUAUGACAGGUAUGUGGCCAUUUGUCAUCCUCUGAACUACAUGGUUCUCAUGAGUACGAGGGUCUGCUGGCUCAUGGUGGCCACAUCCUGGAUCCUGGCAUCCUUGAGUGCCCUUGUAUAUACCAUGUAUACCAUGCACUAUCCUUUCUGCAAAGCCCGGAAGAUCAGGCACUUGCUUUGUGAGAUCCCACCUAUGCUGAAGUUGGCCUGUGCAGAUACCUCCAGAUAUGAGCUCAUGGUGUAUGUUAUGGGUGUGACCUUCCUGAUGCCCUCUCUUAUUUCUAUCCUUGCCUCCUACACACUAAUCUUAUUUACUGUGCUCCACAUGCCUUCAAAUGAGGGGAGGCAGAAAGCCCUAGUCACCUGUUCUUCCCACCUGACUGUGGUUGGGAUGUUCUAUGGAGCUGCCACAUUCAUGUACAUCUUGCCUAGUUCACUCCACAGCCCCAAGCAGGACAACAUCAUCUCUGUUUUCUACACAAUUGUCACUCCAGCCCUAAACCCUCUCAUCUACAGUCUGAGGAAUAAGGAGGUCAUGGGGGCCUUGAAGAGAGUUCUGGGAAAAUACAUUCCAUGGACACAUUCUACCUUCUAGGGAGGGAUCAUGACUUAAUUCCAAAAUUUAUUCCUUCUCAAACAGAAGAUUUCUGCUGGAGUCAAAUACUCAUGACAGAAAUGCAAUAUUGCAGAGUAUAUAUGUUUUAAUAGAAAAAUGAAGAAUGUAACUUGACUCGUCAAAUGCUCUUUUAUAUAUUCCUUCCAUGAGCUAAAUUAUGAGGUACAAGUCACACUCUAUUUAAAAUUUAUUCUGUGUUUUCCCAGUUAGCUACUGAGUUAAAAAUAGCUAGGGGCUUCUGACAACUUGGGAUGUGACAUCUAACCUUGGGAGUCCAAAUAGACCAACAUUAUAGUGAAAGAAAAGAAAGUUCCAAGUGGAGGUAAGUAAGUCCCAUACAUCAGAUGAGGACACCUUGAGAUUUGCACAAAUUUUAGAUCAAAUAACCUUGUUAAAGAUCAUGAAGGCAGCCUAGUUUACUACCCAAAUUAGUAGUAGUUUGCAUAUACUUGCUUUAUUUUCACUCCUCCUUUUUCCAAACAUCAGCCACUAUGGAAACUUCCACACCUGGGCACUCCAACAGAUAUUUUUUGUUUGUUUUUUUGUUGUUGUUGUUCAUUUUAGACAUGGGGGAUUCUUUAUACUGCUUUAAAUACAAAUAUUGCAGAAAUGAAUAAAAUAGAAAGUUAAGGUAGCUCAUCAGCAAGGUCCAUGGUAAACAACUAUGCUUAUUCUUUGUCAAUAAACAAAUGCAAAAUUGGCUUUCUGUUAUGAUACAGUGGUCUUGAAAUUUCCCCACAAUUACCAAGGAUUCAUAUGCUUGAUAUGUGUGGAUGUGUGAGUCUGUAUGUGUGCUAAAAGAGGAAAUACAUUUCCUAGUAGCUUAAAUACAUUGUGCAACUACUAUUUGUUUAUAAAUCUGGAAAUACUUAGACAAAAACUGUGAGUUGUUUUGAAGCUUCAAAAGAACGUGGUUCAUCUGAGUGACACUAUUUUUGAGAAUAUUGCAUGCUUUGUGAAUUUGCUAACACUUCCUUUU